AUGUUUUACUCGGAUAUCCUGAAAGAAAAUCGACGCCAGCAAAUGGAUGUCCGAGAGGCUGCCUCUCUCCGCCAGCAGAGGCGGAUGAAACAAGCAGUACAGUUCAUCCAUAAAGACUCGGCGGAUCUACUGCCCCUGGAUGGUCUCAAAAAACUGGGAACCUCCAAAGAAACCCAACCACAUAACAUUUUGCAGAGACGUUUACUAGAAACCAACUUGUCAAAAUUCCGAGCCAACAAUCGAGAGACAUGGUCUUCUAAUAAUUCAUUUCCAGUUCAGAACAUAAGUUUUCAUCAAACUAAACAAGAAUUUCACAAAAAAACACAGGAAGAGGACCUAAUAUUUGUGCGUUGCAAGUGUGCUGGAAAAGAGAUGAAAGUGCAAAUUGACACUGGUUCUCGAUAUAAUCUCAUUUCAUCUGCCUGUGUGGAUAAACUAGGGUUGCAAGAACUUAUGAAAACAGAGAAGGAGGACACUGAAAAAUAUGGAAUGCCAUUUAUUUCAAAGAUUAGAGGACAAAUAGAAAAUGUUGGAAUUACUUUAGGACAACUCAAUGUUGAAUGUUCAGCAGCUGUAGUAGAUGAUGAUGACAAGAAUACCCUUUCCCUUGGGCUGCAGACAUUAAGGUCUUUGAAGUGCAUCAUUGACAUGGAAAAGCAAUAUUUAAUCCUUGGAGAGAAGGAAAAAGAGGAGAUUCCAUUUCUAGGAAUUGACAACAUUGAAGACUGGCAAUUCCAGACCAGCACACGGGGAAGCAGCCCCAGAGCAUCGAGGGCAGUGAGUCCCGGAGAAGCAUGCAGGCAGCAAGGCUUGGAGCAGCAAGAGCUGAGUUCCAGAGUAGUACAUUGGGAAGCAACCCUGAAGCAGCGAGUCCCGGACAGAGACCGACCCAGGGGAAGCAGUCCUAGAACCUACGUUGGCGCAGCUAAGUGCCAGUAG